UCGAACUGUCAGAGGUAGAUAUUUUCACUCAUAUAAACAAAGUUUUUAUACAGUUUCUGUAAAAUAUUUUAAUUUUUACAUUAUUAAAUACGUAUAAUGGUCGAUUCAGCGGAGCACGAUGACCUCCUCUUCUCAAUGUUAAGAGAGUGUAAAACACUACCAAUAUUUCUUAACCGCAUUUUUGGAUUUUUAAAUAGAAGAACUGACUUCUAUCAGACUGCGACAGACCAAAACUGCCCAGUUGGUUUACCACCAGGUUUGGCUGAACAAACUGUCAAACAGAUAUUCUACAAAUGGAAACCAGCUGAAAAAAUAUCAUGUGACGAAAAUAAGGAAGAACCCGCCAAACCACUAAAAGAGCCUUCCACACCCACAGUAACCCUGAAACCUUGUAAAGUUAGUGACAAAUUCACUACAGCUGAUUCAUAUAAUGGAGCCACAUAUGAUAAUUAUAGUUGGUCACAAUCAUUAAAAGAAAUCGAUAUAAUUAUCAAAGUCCCCGAAAACAAAACAUCUAAAGACUUAACAGUGAAAAUACUAGCCGAUCAAAUAUCAGUUAGUUUAAAAGAUGGAGUAGUCUUGCUUAGUGGAGAGUUAUGUGAUAAAUGUAAACACAAUGAUGCGAUUUGGUCUCUUCAGAAAAACAAACUCGAUAUUCAUUUAGAUAAGUGUAAAGAACUGUGGUGGAAUUGCUUAGUGAAAACAGAACCAAAAUUAGAUAUAAAUACUUUGGAUUGUACACGACCUUUUGAGGAAUUACCAGAAGAAGCUCAAGCAAAAAUUGAGGAGUUGCAGUGGAAUCAAGAGAGAAAGAGGUUAGGUCUGCCCACUUCAGACGAAUUAGCAAUGCACAGAAUUUUAGAGAAGUCCUGGAACGCCGAGGGCUCGCCUUUUGGUGGCCCCUUCAACCCAACUGCUGUGAAAUUUAAUUAAAAGCUUUUAUCAAACGUUUUAACCUUCCAUAUUUUUUAUUUAAUAAAAAACCCCUGAAAAAAU